AUGAGGCUGUGGCAGCUGGGGAAGCAGGAGGUGUCCCUGCCUCUGCUAAGCACCUCUGAGAAAAGUCCUCAGAGAUCCAUGGCAUGGAGCACAUCAGUUGGAGGCUCCAGCAAUCAAGACAAUGAGGAUACAAGCUCUCUGCAGACCUCAGCAGACCCCGAGUCUCUGUGUAGAGACCGCAUGGAUGAGAAUGUGCCCAAUUUGGUGCAUGCCAUGAUCCUCAGGUAUCGUUUGAGAAAGCCUAUUACAAAGGCAGAGAUGCUACAAGUUGUUAACAAAAGGGACAAGAGUCAAUUCCCUGUGAUUUUUAAGAAAGCUUGUAAGUGCUUGGAGGUGAUCUGUGGCAUUGAUGUGAAGGAAGUGGUCCCUGCCACCCACUCCUAUGUCCUUGUCAACUCACUGGAUCUCACCUAUGAUGAGAUGCUUAGUGACCACCAGAGCAUGCCUAAAAACGGCCUCCUGAUAAUCAUCCUGGGUAUGAUCUUCCUGGAGGGCAACUGUGCCUCUGAGGAAGACAUUUGGGAGUUCCUGAAUAUGAUGGGAGUUUAUGCUGGGAGGGAGCACUUCAUUUAUGGGGAGCCUAGGAAGCUCAUCACCAGAACAUGGGUUCAGGAGAAUUACCUGGAGUACCAGCAGGUGCUUAAUAGUGAUCCACCACGCUACCAAUUUAUGUGGGGUCCAAGGGCCCAUGCUGAAACCAGCAAGUUGCAAGUUCUGGAAUUUUUGUCCAAGAUCAAAGGGAUUGACCCCAUUUCCUUCUCAUGCUGGUACGAGGAGGCUUUAAGAGAUGAGCAAGAGAGAGCCCGGGCCAGAAUUGGCCCUGUGGGUCAUGCUGCUGCCAUGUUCAUGGCACAGCCUCUCCUCCCCCAACUGAAGAAUGAGCGCAAAUCUUCACUCUGUGGUUGA